AGCGUUCCACGUGUUAUUUUCCCGAAUAAGCUUCCAUAUUAUCUGGAAAUUUCUGCAAAGGAAACGCGUGCCUGCACUAUAAAAAAGGACGCUGUUGUUGUUUUAUUAGAACAGCACUGUCAUAAUUAAUUUUUUCUAACCCACAGUCAAAAUGAGUCAAAUGAUGCAACAGCUCCAGCUGUUGAAGGACUUUGUUGCUUUAUGCCAGAAAGACCCUGAUGUGUUACAUGAGAAGGAACUCAAGUUCUUCAAAGAUUGGCUUGAGAGUAUGGGUGCCACAGUCCCACCUCCCAAUGAACCAGAAGAACCAAAGGAACCACAACCAGAGGAAAAAGCUGAAAAGAAACCAGAACCAAAACCAGAACCGGAGCCAGAACCAGAGAGUGAGGAGAGUGACCUAGAGCUGGAUAAUACAGGUGUGAUAGAAGACAAUGACAAAGACCUGCCUGAGGACGGGGAUGAGUCAAAGGAGGUCACGGAGGAAAUGAUGGACUCAGCUGAUGAAAAGAGGUCAGCUGCCAUGGCUGCUUUCUCAGAAGGUAAUUUUGAUGAAGCAAUGAAACUGUUUACUGAGGCCAUCAUGAUCAAUCCCCACUCUGCUCUACUCUACGCAAAACGAGCCAGCAUUUUUAUCAAACAGAAGAAACCAAAUAAAGCUAUCCACGAUUGUUCUAAAGCUAUUCAACUCAACCCUGACUCCGCCCAGCCUUACAAGUGGAGGGGGAGAGCCCAGCAAUUGCUUGGAAAGUGGGAGGAAGCCUACCAUGACUUGACUAUGGCUUGCAAGUUAGAUUUCGAUGACUUGGCCAAUGAAUGGCUGCAUGAAGUUUCUCCUAAUGCGAAGAAAAUAAUGGAACAUAACAGGAAAUAUGAAAGGAAAAGGGAAGAAAAGGAAAUAAAGGCCAGGAAGGAGAGGAUGAGAAAAGCAAAGGAGGAAUAUGAAAGAGCGAAAGCACAGGAGAGUACAAGCAGUGGCGGUGGGGGAUUUGGAGGUUUUCCAGGAGGAUUCCCAGGGGGAUUCCCAGGAGGCAUGGGUGGAAUGCCUGGAGGCAUGGGUGGAAUGCCAGGGGGCAUGGGUGGUAUGCCUGGAGGCAUGGGCGGUAUGCCAGGGGGCAUGGGUGGUAUGCCAGGAGGCAUGGGCGGAAUGCCAGGAGGCAUGGGUGGUAUGCCAGGAGGCAUGGGCGGAAUGCCAGGUGGAAUGGGCGGAAUGCCAGGAGGCAUGGGAGGAAUGCCAAACUUGGGAAAUAUAUUGAAUGAUCCAGAAAUUGUGCAAGCUUUCGGAGACCCUGAGGUGGCUGCAGCAUUCCAGGACAUCAGCCAGAACCCUCAGAACAUGAUGAAGUACCAGGACAACCCCAAGGUUCAGGCCCUCAUUAACAAGAUGGCCACCAAGUUCGGGGGCAAACCACCGGGAGGAGAAGGGGGACCCACGGUUUAAAGUCAUGGAAUUAUUCAGAACUCAAGAUGAUCGAAACAUGCAUUAUGAACAUAAGUGUGAGCGGCAUUAUUCUGAAAUAUUUGUAUUCUCAUACUGACAGUGUAUCAUCUCUUUCUAUAUAUGAUAAUAUACUGGUAUAUAAAGUACUUGUAGUUGGUAUUUUACAUCAAAUUUGGAUCUUCAUCACGAUGUAUGGAAUUCUUGAAUUGUUGUUACAGUAGAUGUGUUUUUUUUAAAUAAUAAACUGCAUACAUUAAUAACGUUAGUGGCUAGGUAUUCUUACUAAUUGUUUGUAAUGUUUACUUUGGCACAUACGAUGUAUAGCAUAAUACACAAAGUCCUUAGAUGUUUUUUUGUAAACUGCCUUUACCUACUUGAAAUGUUGAACAAUGCUUUUAUCCUUACAUUUUUUUUUAAAACUUGUGAGUUUUCAUUUCCAAUUCAUUUACAUUUCUAACCAACCCUUUGAGACUUUUUAAAUUGUACUGAUUUAACCUCGUUAUGGUUGUUAAUAAGCCGUCAUAAAGUUCAAGUGUUUAUGAUUUCAUUUUUGAUUGUUCAAUGAUAUUUUUUAUUAAAAGCUUAAAAUGUUUUUAGUAUGUUAAUCUUGCAUACGAUUCAAAAUGGAACAUUUUGGUAGUUUGUAUCAUUUAUUAUUGGUAUUUGAUGGUUGAUUUGUUUUCAAUAAAGAUAUAUUACCAAAUCAAA